UAUUUCACUAUCAAUAAUCGGAGCUUUAUCAAAAAAAUGUUACGUAAGCGACAAUUACGUAUUCGCCAAAAAAAAGCAAAGAUCAUAAGAAAAAAAAUGAUUAGAAGGAUGGUUGUUCAAGAGCGUUGGCGUAUCCAACGACUCAAAAACCUUGAGGAAUGGAAAAAAGAAAAAGAACGUGAACGAUCAGAUUCUACUUCAUCGAGUGAUAAUUGGAUAUCGAACCCGAAAAAAUGUCAUUCAUCCGAGGGAACGGGAGUUUCUUCACGGGAGGGAUUCAUCGGUGUACCAGAAAGCAGUGACUCUGACGUCACGGAUUUUGAGGAGGCCCAAUGCAUCCAGGUUGGACAGUGUUACAUCAAUCGUAGUAAAAUUAUCUGA